UAGUUUUCUCCCUGCGAACGAUUUUGGCGGACUUUUGGUGUAGUUCUCGUUCAUUUGCUCGUACGUGAGCCAACGUUCGGUUCAACUAGGGUGUGCUCGUCUUUCAUUCAAUAUAGCAACAGUUAAUUUAAUAAAUCAUCCGAGAAGUGCAAGAAAUAUUGCGGAAAUAAUGGAGAAGAAAAUGGAAGAAUUUCUACGAGAAAAAAAGGCCGGCAUGAACCAACAAGGAACUUCCACGUCAACCAACCAGCCUAACCAAGAUGAUCCUGACGCAGGAGAGGGGGCAUCCAGGCAGCAUCAAAGAGGUCCUUUUACAACUACAGGUACAGCAACCACUUCUUUUCCUACAACUGGCCCCGAGGAAACAUCAGAACCGAAGACAAUUUUCCUCCAUAGACGAUCUAAGUCAGAUUUGUCUGUCGGUGGAUCGUCUAAUUCGAGUGCUUCUGAUCUUUCUUCACGGGCCAGAGAUGACUAUUCUCAGCAUUCAGACGAUGGCAUUGCUUACGAUAAUCCUUCUGAUAGCAGUAGCAAUGAAGCUCUUUUAAAUGCAAUGUUAACCAUGGACAUAAUGGCUGAUCCAACUCAUCGUGUUCUUGUUUCAGAAGCCCAAAGGAGCGAAGGAGUCCUCGAUUUACGUAAGAAGUUGGACGAAGAAAAGGAAUAUCAUGGUCCUGUUAAACGCCAGAAGGAUGACAAGGAUAAGGACAAGGAGCCGCCGUCUUCUUCUAAGAAAUCCAAACGCAAGGAGUGAAAUAAAGAACAAUGGGGUAGGCACAUGCCUACGUUCUCAACAUAACAUGUUACAUUAAAUGAGUUCCUUUAAUAUUUCUUUUUAUUCAAUGUUCAGUUCAAAUACAUGUUUGA